UUGGCCGGGUCCAACUCCAUCGAUGAUCGGACCGUAUAUAUAUACACAUUCAUGUACUCAAGCCUCUUAAGAAAACUUGAAAUCCUCAGAAUCUACUCAAUUAUUCCUUCCUCGAACUAUUUUGAUCUUCAGUUUCAUUCGACAAACUCUCUACAAGGGUGGUUAUAUACAGCAAUGGAUAUGCUGACUGAAUAUGACUUGGGAGACAUGCUCGUAAAAAUAGCUUUGUUUCUCCUUGUACAAGCUCUUGUUUACUGUAUUCUCUCCAAUUCUUCCAAUCUCUUCUCAAACUCCCCUCCGAGAUCGCCUGGUAAUUUCAGGCCAGCUCGGUCGGUGAGCAUCCGACGCUUUCUUGCAGCCCUUUCCGAUAUGCCUGCUGGGGGCGAGCUGUCUCCUACAACUCCCAAGAAUCAAGAACAAUCGUCUCCAGUCCAUCACAACAGUUAGCGCUGCUUUGAUCUUCAUUAUCUUUACAGAUUUCUUUAGGUAUUCAUUUGUUCAUUGCAUCUCAGCUCAGCUAGUUUGUGUAUAGAAGGUGAUGUGUGUCGAGCUAUUUUUUUAUCUUCUUCCGAAAGAGUGCUGGCUGUCUCAGUUAUUUCGACAUAAACUGCACAAUUUGAAUCAGAUAUACUAUGUACUACAGAUUAUUUGUAUACAUGCAUAUUUUUCCUUGGCAUGUGAAGUACAAGAGUGAAUAAAAGUUGAAUUUGUUUAAUUUGUAA